AUGGGACAUGUGAGGUUGAUAGGCGCGUAAUGUGUGAGGUUGACAAAGGCGGGUAAUGUGUGAGAGAAGAGAGCAAUAGGAUGGAAACAAUGCUUAAAUGCAACACGUGGAGAAUGUGAACCAUCUGCUUUAGAAUCGAUCGACUAGCAAACAAAUGGAUAACACAGAAAACAACCAGCUGAAACGACUGUAAUAUCACGGUGAACUGUUUCCGCAAAGCAGACAGGAGGACAUAUAAAUGCGCGAACAGCACGAGAGGAGCACUGGACACAUGGCUACCCAAGCUUUGGAUGCGCUCCACGCAGGACACGACUUGUGUCGCGAGAUUCUCGAUAUUGGCCUCGGCGCCGUGAGCUUAGUGGACCUUCGAUGAUGAGAUGUGAAUUUAUGAGGACAAUCAUUUUCUCUCUGUCAUAUUCUCUUCGUCUAGCAACCUGAACUGUGCAGACUGAUACACAAAGGUCUUAAAACCCUGCUUCUUCUGGUUUUUGAAAGAAAUUGCUAAUCUUCGUGACCUCGUGAACUUCCAGAAACAUGAAUUUUCCAGGAGUUUGUUGUGUUUUAUCGUUGGACUAGGCACGUUUCACAAGGUACCAAAAACAAAGAGCUGGUGAAAAUGAGUAAGACGACAAAUAAUUGUACACGGACAGUUACAAAACGAGACGAGUAAAGAUUAACGAAUUUUUUUCUCUUCGAUUUUUGGCUGAGGAUGCUAACACGUCAUCGGCGAGGAGUUUCUGACACGAAUUUUCUGUGUGCCACACCUACGUUGCAACGCCGUUUUCUUUCGUUUGCUGUUUUCAAAGAAACCACAACCGUCAACAAUUCCGGAGAUUAAGUGUUUUAAUUCUGUGGUACUCAUCCAAAGAACUUUCCGCGAAACAGAUAGGAGGGUUAAACGAAGUUUCUCUUAUUUAUGUUAAAAGUUCACGUGACAAGCACGGGCCAAGAUGCGUGUGAGUGUGUCGGCGCGUGCAGGUCUUGAUUUGAGUUGAGCGACGAGAAACGUGAACCACGCUACGAACAUGGCUGCAAAAGCCACAGUUCAGUGCCCAGACCUGGCAAGUGCCUCGAUGGAUGCAGUUAUUCUGACAAAGGAAAAUGUCGCCUCACUGAAGGUGGACAGCAGCCGGACAGAGCCUGGCACGGUUGUCAACAUCUCGUGCUUAGCAGCUCCACAGUUCCGACUGGUGGGAGCCACCACCCUCACGUGCCUUGCCAACGGUCAGUGGGAUAAAACCAUUCCAGUCUGUGUGCCAGCUGCAGGAAGCCAGAGUACAAAUAUGAAUACUGUCAGUGCGACGAAUAACACCACUGGAAGCGACAUUUCCAUGCUGCCCAUGAUCGUGAUAGCAGGAAUCGUGGGAGUCAUAUUUCUCUCCCUUGCUGUUGUAAUGGUUGUAGUUCUUGUGCAGAGGGGAAGACAACGUAACAGCCACAGCAAACGGAGGUUGGACGAUCUGCCAGCAGACAGGUGGCACAUGCGCAGUGACCCGGUGCCGCUGGACAUCGGCGACAUUGUCGACAACGUCAGUUCGCGGUGUCCGCCUGGACCACACGUGCACGGCUCAGAAAGAGAUCAGCUUCACAACACCCUCGCGCGCCAACCACAAAUGCCCCAUGACAACUUGUCAGUCUCGGAGAGGUCACAGAGGAUCACCUCGCCCGUUUCCUACAACGGUCCAAGUCAAAGAGAGUCACCCUCCGUCCACAAUUAUGAGAGGCAAAAUAUUCGGACUUGGCACGAUUUAUUUUUUCCAGGCAAUUACUGAUAUUUGAAGUGAGUGUUUAGAUGAUUUUCCUUAAAAUAAACAUUGUUAACGUUUAUUAUUUUGUGCGUUACACCCGUACCUGUACCCCGAAGGUUUGUGUGCAUGUGAUUUUGAAUGCAGAGAUACGGGAUGUGCAGAAAGUAGUUUUGCCACGUCGCAAAUACAGAAGCUUGUAAAAUAAAGACAACCUGCGUUUCUGAAUUGUUA